AUGGCGUCGGACGACGAGCUUGAGGGAGCUGUAGGAGGAUUGUCCAUCGAAAAUCGGUCUAAGUCGACAAGCAACGUCGACACCACAUCAAUGGCGGCCGUCACCACAGCUGCAGUGACUGCUGCUGCGAAAGUGAUUAAUAAUAACAUUCCGUUUCCCGAACCUCUUUGUUUGUCGGGAAAUGUACGACAAAAUGUAGAGGAUUUUAUUGAAGGAUUCGAAAUUUACCUCGUGGCUACCGGGUUGGAGCACCGGGAUGAGCGAGUAAAAAUAGCUACAUUAAAAGCAGCAAUGGGAGUUACGGUCAGAAAAAUAUUUAACAAUUGGCCGCUACGUGAAACAGAAAAAAGCAACGUUAGUGCUUGUUUGCAAUCUCUAAGAAAAUAUAUUGUUCCAAAGAGGAACGUGAAACUUGCUCGUUACGAAUUUAUACAAUGUAAACAAAUGAGCCCGGAUGAAGCUAGCGAAGGCGAAACAGUGAUGCAAUUUAUAAACAGAGCUAGAGCAUUAGUGAAAGAUUGCAAUUAUGGAAAUAUCGAAGAAGAAAUGUUGCGAGAUGUUAUCGUAGCUGGCUUACAGGACCAUCACUUACAAAAGGAGUUUAUUGAUAAACCAGAUCUUCCAGCCGCGGAAGUGAUGGCCGGUGUAUGUCUGCCGAGGCAACACAAAAUGAACUCGGAAAAAUCAAGUGUAUGCAAGAAAAAACGUGACGAUGCGGAAAAAUUUCGUAAGCCAGCCAAAAACUCGAAACCGCGUAAGAAAGUACAAAGAAUUGACGAAAAUAGGUCGGAAAAAAGUUAUGCUGAGGAAGAAGAAUCACUAGAAGAAGAAGUGAUUGAUUCGAUUGAAUACUUGUAUAGUGUAAAAGAAGAGCGUUCCGGUCUACUUAAAGCCGAGUUAAUCUUUAAACGGGAAGGAAUGAAAACGACACCGGUUAAGUGUAUUCUUGAUACUGGUGCUACGUGUAAUGUAGUAGAACUUCCGUCAUUACUUGAUUUUCUUAACGUAUCACACAUAAAGUUGGACCAACAUCGAUCAGUGCUUAAGGGAUUUGGUGGUAACGCGAUUAAAACGUUGGGUAGAGCAACAGUCGACGUUAUCUACAAAGGAAAAGAGUACAAAGCUGUUUUUAAUGUUGUGAAAUUUCCACAAAUACCGAUACUUUCGCUGUAUACGUGUAAAAAGCUAAACCUAGUUAACUUUUGCCUAUCGAUAAUCGAGGAACAAGAAGGCAUUGCAAGGAAUAUACUGUCACGUUAUUCUGAUGUCUUCGAAGGAAUAGGGCAGCUUGCCGGAGACGUACAUUUGAAUAUAGAUUCAUCCAUAAAGCCAGUUGUUCAACCAGCGAGACGUAUUCCGAUAACUCUGCAACCGGAACUUAAAAAGCAACUGGAUCAAUUGGAGGAGCAUCACAUAAUUAACAGAGUCGUUGAACCAACUGAUUGGGUAACGCUGGAUGAGGAAAGUUCACGACUCACGACUUUCUGGACACCGUAUGGUCGGUACCGCUGGUUAAGAAUGCCGUUUGGAAUUUCCCCUGCACCAGAAAUUUUCCAGCACAAACUUCAAGAGGCAGUCGACGGACUUAAGGGCGUUCGUGCAUUAGCAGAUGAUGUGAUUAUAUUCGGCUGUGGGGAUACCAUGAAAGAAGCAUAUAGUGAUCAUAACAAAAAUCUACAAAGUUUUCUUCUAAGGAUGAGGGACAAGAACGUGAAGUUGAAUAAAAACAAGAUACGGCUAUGCCAAACCAGCGUCAAAUUCUUUGGUCACAUUUUAACAUCGGAAGGAGUGAAAGCCGACCCAGACAAAAUUCGUAGUAUAGUGGAAAUGGAACAACCUCAUGAUGCCGCCGCUCUGCUUCGGUUUCUAGGCAUGAUAACAUAUUUAUCCAACUACAUGCCAAAGUUGUCAACUGUCGCGGAACCUUUACGAAAGCUAGCCACUCAGAAACAGUCAUGGAUCUGGGAAAAUGUUCACCAAGAAGCAUUUGUGACUCUUAAGACCAUGGUGACGGAAGCUCCUGUAUUGAAAUAUUUUGAUAUUAAUAAGGAUGCAGUUAUACAAUGUGAUAGUAGCAGCGUCGGGUUGGGAGCUGUACUGAUGCAGGAUGGCAAACCAGUAAGCUACGCAUCCAAAACGUUAACACAAACCGAAAGACGAUAUGCACAAAUCGAGAAAGAAACACUCGCUAUAGUUUAUGCUUGUAGGAAAUUUGAGAUGUAUAUCAUUGGCAAAGAAGUUACCGUACAGACAGAUCACCUGCCCUUGUUAAAAAUUUUUCAAAAACCGUUGUGUGAAGCACCAAUGCGUUUACAACGGAUGCUUCUGGCCCUACAAAGGUAUAAACUGAAACUGCAAUUCAAACCCGGCAAGGAAAUCGUGAUAGCUGAUAUGUUAUCGAGAGCAGCGAUGACAGAUGGAGAUCCCACUGAUCGUGGCAUUUACGAUAUUUAUACAAUCGACAUGGAUUUUACAUUCGCUGAAUUCGAGCAGAUAAAUGUUCUGGACUACAUUCCGAUUUCAGAUUUUCGCUUAGAUCAUAUCCGAAAAGAAUCAUCAAACGAUGCGGAUAUUCAGCAUAUUAUCAGAUAUAUUGUCGAAGGUUGGCCAGCUAGAAUGAUUGAUGUACCUGAAAAAUUAAAAGUGUACUGGAAAUACAAAGAUGAACUAAGCACACAAAAUGGCCUCGUGUACAGGAACAACCGUAUUCUCAUACCAAUCAAAAUUCGCAAAGAAAUCUUGGAACGACUACAUGCAUCACAUUCAGGAAUACAGUCAACGAUGAAGCUGGCACGAGAUGCCGCCAGAAUUUUGCGCGUUAUGGAUCCCCAAUGUAUGUGA